AUGCCACCGUAUCAAACACCAGCCGUCGAGCUGGAACCUGAGCCCGAAUAUGCCCCAGAUGUGCCUCUGCUGGAUCUAGAGUCGCCCGGGAUCCAUGACGAUGCCGCCAGCGAUGUCAGCAGCCUUCAUUCCCACACGGAGCCGACCCCUAACUAUCGGUUCUCGCGAUGGGGCAUCCACUCGCCGCGGCGCAUCGUCAUACUAGUUGCCCUCAUCAAGUUCUCCGUCGUCCUGAGCGGCAUGCUCUUGUUUUUACCCUUUGCGCGUAUCCUGGAGGACAUGAUGUGCCAUGUUCACUAUCAGGACACGUCUUCGGAGAUCAUUGAUGAGAUGAAGUGCAAGGUCGAUGAGGUACAGGCUAGGCUGGGGUACUUUUAUGGCUGGAACAGCCUUUUAUCCUCCAUCGUUGGCCUGAUGGUUGCCUUUCCCUAUGGAAUGAUGUCUGACAAGAUUGGUCGGAAGCCAACGCUGCUUUUUUCAUACUCUGGCGUCGCAGUGAGCUUCCUCUUUGGCCCUACGGCUCUCAAGUCGAGCCAGGAUGCCCUGCGUCAGAAUCCAUAUAUCCUCCUCUGUGGAUGUGUGUUUCAGCUUUUUGGAGGUGGCAUCCCGGUCAUGCUGAAUACUCUCUAUGCGGUGGCAGCCGAUGUGAGCACUGAACAGGACAAAGCGAAGCACUUCCUCUGGCUUACCUUUGGUUCAACUGCUGGUGGAAUCACUGGACCUGUUAUUUCAGGUCUUCUCAUGCAAAAAUACGGUCCAUGGGUUCCCAUCUAUCUCGUCAUGACCACGGUACCGGUCGUCUUGGUCACUCUCAUCCUUCUCCCAGAGACUCUGACUGUCAACCUUAAGAAUCAGAAAGCUCAAGCCGAAAGAGCCACGCCGACCACCUUCAAACAGCACAUGACUCACGGACUCAACGAACUCAUCCACUCAUUAAAUAUGCUCAAGAACCUCAGCGUCGUCAUGAUCCUCGUCACCUUUUUCAUCCAGAAUGCUCGGUUCGCGGCUUACAUGACAAUCAUGGGUCAGUAUAUCAGCAAGCACUUCGGGUGGAAGCUGGCCGAGGUCAGCAUUCUGCUAUCUCCUCUGGGAAUCCUCAACCUCAUUAUCCUUGGCGGUCUGCCCAAGAUUGCCGACAUUCUUGUAUCACCUCGCUUUCGAAUGACACCUUUCGGCAAGGACCUAUUCUUGACGCGCGUGUCAACCGGUAUCCUGGCCUUUGCAGCUUUCUUCCAAGGCAUGAGUCAUAAUAUCGUCUUGUUCCUGUUUGGUCUCUUCCUUGGAACAUUCGGUGCCGCGGAUAGUCCUCUUGCACGUGCAACUGUGACGCACUACGUUCCACCAGAAUUUACUUCUCGAUUAUAUGCUUUGAUAGGGAUGAUCGAGGUGAUAGGGUCUUUUAUUGCAGGUCCGGUUCUGGCUUGGUGUUUCGAUCAAGGCCUGAAGCGAAAGGGAUUUUGGAUGGGCUUGCCGUGGUAUUACAUUGGCUUUCUCUGUACGCUUGCUUGGGUUGCCCUGUUAUUUGUUAAGCCACCUAGGAAGCAUUCACGAGAAGACCCGGGAGAUACUGAUGAAGAUGAUGCGGAAGACUACAUGCCAGACGCUCCUCUGCGGCUUCAAUAG